AUGGACGAAGCAGGGAUCAACGAGAUCUACGCAUUUGCGAUCGAGCUGGCACGCAAGGCGGGGCGGGCGAUUGUCGACGGCUCGUCGCGCCGCUUCUCCAGUGCGGCUGGGUUUGACCACAAGAAGAAUACGGCGGAUCUGGUGACCGAAACCGACCAGGCAGUUGAGGCGCUAGUGAAGCGGGAGAUCAGCACGCGUUUUCCGGACCACGCCUUUAUCGGAGAAGAGUCCUGGGCGGCGGGAGAGGAACAUGCAUUGGACAACCAGGUGACUUGGAUCGUGGAUCCGAUCGAUGGAACGACCAACUUCGUGCAUGCUUUCCCCUACACCUGCAUCUCCAUCGGCGUCGUCAUCAACAGCGUCCCCACUAUCGGCGUGGUCUUUGCUCCGUUCAUGGACACAAUGUAUCAGGGAUGUUUGGGUAAGGGCAGCUUCAUGUCAAGUCCCCACCACCCUGCUCCUCGCAGACUUCCGCUGGUAGAUCCUACGCCGCUGGAUGAUUUGCGACAGGCACUCGUGGCGUUCGAGUGGGGAAGCGAUCGUCGUGUCGAGGUGCUGGAACGAAAGCUCGACUGCUUCCGUAAGAUCACCGGCGAUCCAGAGGGCGGUAUUGCUGGAGGAAAGAUGGUCCAGGGCGUCAGGAGCGUGGGUAGCGCUGCGCUGAACUUUUGCCAUGUGGCAAGCGGAAACCUGGAUCUGUAUUGGGAGAUUGGAUGCUGGGCUUGGGACGUGUGUGCGGGAGUCGUCAUUGCUCAGGAGGCAGGCGCAGCCGUGGUGGGUAGCAAGGACCAUGCCGAAAGGGCUACGAAGGGCGACGAGUUCAACGUCGUCACUCCAGCUGUGCUGACCGGAAGAAAGUACACCGUCAUCCGUGCCAUCGACACGGAUAAGGCAAAGAACGACCAGGCUCAGAAACACAUCCUCAACGAGUUCUACCAGUGUAUCACCGAGUGGGAUCCCUAG